AUGUCAGUAACUACCCGCAAGAAGGAAACAGAACCGUCUUUCAUAGAACAAAGUGCAAUUCGGGGAGCUGAAGAAUAUCUCAAUCCGUUUAAUUUACUUAAUAAUAUGUUAAAUUACUACUGCACACAUUAUACUGGUUUGGCUAAAGAUGCUGAUAUCAUUAUGCUCUCUGUUAGUCGUAGAUUGGCCAAGAUAAUAGACGAUAAUACUCUUUCCUUAAGUAUUGAGGGCAUUACAUAUCUCGCCGGGGUUUGUGACUGUAACAAAGUUGGCAUUACCUUUGACAACUCGGAUUAUUUUGAAAGAGUUAUUUUAGUAGCUCAUGAAUCAGCUCAUUUACUUGGAAGCCCUCACGACGGCGACGGAACUAAUAAGGGACCUGCUGGAAAUCCAGGAGCAUUAGAUUGUCCAAAAACUGACGGUUAUAUAAUGGGAGAUCGAAGUGAUGAUGAUAAAAAAUAUAAAUUUUCCGAAUGUUCUAAGAGAUGCAUUGAAUACUUGCUAUCGUAA